AUGGGUGAAACUAUAUGGAAGUUAUUUGUUUUCUCUAAAGAGGGAAAAACAGACGAGACCUAUCAGAUGUCUCGUAAAAAUGCUGUGCCACGGGUUGGUGAAAGAAAUCGUGGACAUACACGGCUUGGGUGCAAUGCUAGAUUGUCGGUGGUGAAGCAACAAACUGGCAAUAGUUGGGUGGUUAGCCACUUUGUGGAGGAACACAACCAUGGUCUAACUACUCCUAGUAGAGUACAUUUGUUAAGAUCACACCGAAAAGUCUCGGCAACAAAGAAGGCACUUGCGCAACAAUUUUCAGAAGCCAAUAUACCAACAUGUCAACAAGUGCGAUUGAUGGAGAUAGAGUCGGGCGGUCCAUCAUCGAUGGGUUGUACUGAGAAAGAUAUCAGGAAUCAUGUUAGCUUGUUGCGUCAAGAACAAAUGGACUCGGACAAUAGGAUGCUUCGUUGUUUUUGGGCUGAUUCUGAGUUAAGAAGAUCAUAUGCCUUCUUUGGCGAUGUCGUGGUGUUUGAUACAACCUACAACACCAACAAGUACUCGAUGGUAUUUUCCCCAUUUGUUGGUGUAAACCAUCAUGGCCAGACCAUUAUUUUUGGUUGCGAAUUGUUAAGUGAUGAGACUAUAGAAUCAUUUGUUUGGUUGUUUUCGAAGUUCUUAGAAGCCAUGCCAAACCAAGCGGCCCUUGUUGUUAUAAUCACUGAUCAAGACGCUGCAAUUUCAAAGGCUAUCUCAAUGCUAUUGCCAUUCACUCUGCACCGGUUUUGCCUAUGGCAUAUUUUGAACAAGUUUUCAGAAAAAUUCAACGCCAUGCUGUAUAAUGAGCAGUAUCACAGGCUGGUAAAUAUUAUUAAACAGUCUAAAUCGCCUGAGAAGUUCGAACAACGGUGGAUCGAGAUAAUGAAAACCACCAAUUUAGGCAGCAAUAAGUGGUUGAUCAAUAUGUAUGAAAUACGCAAUUCCUGCACUGAAUACAUGGUUGACAUACGUUGGUACCCAUCUGUUGCUCCAACAUAA